AUGGGCAGGAAAAAGCCACGUUGACGAAGUCGCCAGUAGUGUGCGUUAUUUUUCAGCCAGGAAACAGAAGCGUUGUUAUUUUCAAGAAGCCGAAAUAACUCUUUGGAAGAAGCUCGUGACAGCAGCCAAUAACAGUCAUGUCAUCGCCGCCAAAAGAGAAAAUCGAUACUAAAGCUGGACAUCUUCCUGCUGUGAAAGCAGGAGGCAUGCGGAUAGUUCAGAAGCACCAGACUGCAAAUGAUGUGCCAGAAAAGAAAGAUGACAAAGACAGUAAAGAAUAUGAGACUGAGAGCCCUCCAAAGCUUCACGUUGUGGUCUCAGGUGUUCUUACUAAGGGGGAUAAAGACUUCACCCCUGCUGCUGCCCAGGUGGCCCAUCAGAAGCCAGUGCCCUCAGUGCAGAAGCUGCCUGCUGGCCACCAGAUCAACCAACAUAUCCACCAGCCUCGCAAGUGAGCCUCCACCCCGCUCUACCACCUCCGGCACACCACAUGGGGUCAGAACCACACUACCCCCCCCAAAGCCUGCUCAGGUUGCCAGGGAUCUCUUGCUGUCAAGCAUUCCAGAACCCCACCUCCUCCCGUCUGUGCCUGCAAGUGUCCCGUUUCGACCAAUAUCAUGACAAAUGUUCCUUUUACCCAUUUCUUUCCUGUACAUCAUUGCAACACUAAAUUUGAAUGCUCAAUCGCAAAUCACUAAUCAGCAUCAUGUUAAUUCUAUGGGUUAAAUUCAUGAGGGAGGCGUGGAGCUGUAUUUUAUUUUAAUUUUGUUUUACAUUAAUAUUUCCUGAGAGAUGUAAAUUGUAUAAAUAAUUUUUUUGAAGUCGGUAAAUGUUGUAUAUUAGGCAUUAUGUACUAGGUGUGGCUAUCUGAAUAAACACUUAAUAAUAAAUUAUCCAUGUUUUCCCUUGUAUAUAUUUUAGGGGAAAAAAUAAUUAUUGCCAUAAUAAUUUUUGCUAGUUGUGAUUGCUGUCCUGUUUAUAUAAUGUUCUGGGUUUGAAGCAUGUUAAGCUCAAUUAGCAGCAUCUGUGAUGUGCCUUUGAUUACCACAGAAAAGAAUGAAUCCUCUUUUACUAGGAUGUUGCUUUUGCUGUCACAAGAGGUGUGUGUGUGUGUGUGUCUGUGUCUGUGCACACUACAAAUAUGGUGUCCGAUAACCUCUUUGCAGAACCGUUUUGUUAAAUGAUGGUUUUAUAAUUGUUUUUGUAAAAACUAGUCCUGUCAUUUGAUUAAAAUGUUUAAACACGAAGCAAAAAUUUGACUUUAUAUAUAUA